AUGAGUAGAAAAGGAGUUACAACCAAAAGAGUGAAGACUGUCCAGACGGCUCUAUCGAGAAUCAGCGCCCAACCGCGCAGUCCGGCUGGCCGAGAAACUAUUGUUUCCGCUCGGCCAAAGUCAAUCCGGCCGAUCACAAUCACGACCCGGGAAACAUUGCCCGCGGUCGGCCAAGCACAACCUCACGCCACGCCGCGCACGACCAUGCCGCGCGAGCCGGGAACAAGCCUCGCGGCCGCGCAACCCCUCGCGUACCACGGCCGAUGCAUCCGUCCGAGCCGGGAAAGAACGUCCCACGUCCGGCCGAGAAACAUCGGCCAAAUCUUCACGCCGGCCGACCGUGAAUCCAUCCGGCCACGACCGUUCCGACUCGGCCACGACCCGAUGUCCGGCCGAUCGUCCCGACCGACCGUCCCAACGCCGCGGUCGACCCGAAGCCCGUUUUGA